GAAACCUCAGUAACGCAUGUACGGUGACUCGUAAAGCUCAAAGAUUUAGUGUAGACAUACAUAGCGUUACAAUAUCAUUAUAUUAUCAUUAAAUAAUCAAAGAAAUAUAUUUAUGGCAAUAGUAGAAGGUCCGGCAAUGACGCAAGAAGAAAUAUAUGAUGUCGAUGUUAAUAGUUAUAACAGAGAUGACAUCGAUGAUAUCGACCUACGAUUUGUUAACCCAACUGAUUGGUCUCCACACGUUAGAGCAAAUUCUCCUCGUAUACGAGUAAAUACCAUACCCAGAAGUUUUGUUUCCAUUGACGAAGGUAUCUUAAAGUGGUUCCAGGACACGAAUCAUCCAAUGUUUGGUUAUCUAGACCGUAUGUGUCGCAUUUGGCUCGUGGACCUAGCAGAGAUGAUGAUAUUUCGACAUCUCCAACUAAAUGCACUUCCAAGAAAUACGUUCAUAAUCGGCUUUGUUCAAGUUACCGAUGGGUAUCAUUAUGAACGUCAAGAGUUUUACACUACAAGCUUUCCUUGCUACAACAAGCUUAGGGAUAUGAAUUGUGUCCAGAUUGCCACAUUUCCCAUGGGAUCUGCUAAUGCUCUGUUUCGGGAAAUGCAGUAUGUGCAAGAAAAACUGAUUACUCGUCUACAUGGACAUGUGGAAUUGACUGUUAUUAAACAGGAUGCAGUGCCAACUCCAAGAGGCUUGCAUCCAACACAAUAUCACAGAAUCAAGCAUGUCAGACCUUCCGAUCUGUUGCGUAAUGGACAAAUUACUGAUGUUGUCUCAUAUUUGAUUUAAAACGCUUGGCAAAAAACAGCCA